AUGGUAGAGGGGCUUUGCAAGCAGAACCGCCUAGAUGAGGCGAAACAGAUGAUUGAUUCGAUGGCUAGCGAGGGCUGCUCUCCAGACGUGGUGACAUUUAAUACACUUAUUAAUGGCUACUGCAAGGCAGGAAGGGUUAACGACGGGAUGGAGCUUUUCCGAGAGAUGCAUCUAAGAGGAAUAGUUGCUGAUACAGUUACUUACAACACUUUGAUUCAUGGGUUUUGUCAAGUUGGUGAUUAUGGCGCCUUAGAGAAAUUCCAGGAGAUGAUUUCUAGUGGUGUGGCUCCUGAUACCAUUACUUUCCGCAUUAUGCUUGCCGGUUUAUGUAGUAAGGAGGAACUACAAAAGGCAGAGGCAAUGUUGGUGGAUCUGCAGAUGAGUGUGGAUGGUGAAUGA